AUGGAUAUCGCUACAUUUAGGGAGGUCGUCCCAAUGAUUCCGACGCUGGUCGAUUACGCGGGGAGGUGUUAUAGCUGGUUAAGAUAUCUGGGGAUAAGCAAUGAAUCUAUUUUCGGGGCAGUGAUUGUUGUCUUACUCUUUGGCUUAAUCCUUUUAUUUGUCUACUACGUUUCCAGUUAUUUCUUCGGAUUUUUUGAGCACAUCUUCAGAUCUUUCUUCGGAUUUUUGGAGCGCAUCUUUAGAUCUUUCUUCGGAUUUUUGGAGCGCAUCUUUAGAUCUUUCUUCGGAUUUUUGGAGCGCUUCUUCGACUCUGUCAUCGGAUUUUUGGAGCGCAUCUUUAGAUCUUUCUUCGGAUUUUUGGAGCACUUCUUCGACUCUGUCAUCGGGAUUUUUGCGGGUCUCGCUAGCAUCUACCCUUCGGCAGUUAUCGCAUCUCUCAGCAUCCUCUUUAUUUUUUGUUUUACAUUAAAUUCAGAUCUAGGAGAAAAUCAGCGGUUUAUUCUUGCUGUUAUGGCAUUCGGAAUCAUCACGUAUUGUGUUAUGACAGCGAGAAGGGAGGAACGACCAACAGAUUUGACUAGAGUUCAAGCAGGCGCGGUUGGAGUUCAAGCAGGCGCGGUUGGAGUUCAAGCAGGCGCGGCAGGAAUCCAAUGAAAAAGUAAGUUAAUCCAUUCUAUUUGCUGUUUCCUUCAGAUUUUUAUACUAACGAGUCUAAUAGCUUAACAAAGUCGACCCGGUCCUUCGGAUUCCCGUUCCAUGCUUCUACACUCGAGAACGUCUCCAACGAUCCGAUCCUGGGCACACAGGUUUUAUGGUAGGGGGGAGUCUGGGUUUCUGCAAUUUGGGCAUGUCAUUCAUGUCUUUCGUAUUAUGGUGCGCCAUGGAAAGGGUUAUGGGUUUUAAGGAAAACGUUUAG